ACACCCGCUCGUGCACUCUGCUAUAGUCGGCUGUAGACCGGUGAAGGGCUGCAAUACGGAACCGCUGCAGUACCGGGACCAAAACAAAAACCUCAAGUGAACCAAUGAGAGCUGAGACAUGAGGAAGUCAACAUAAGGGAGCUGCCACUGACCAGAGAGGAUUUACUUUCGCAUGAAACGUAGCAUUUUUGCCCUGUGCAUCACCCCGUUUCAUACUGGCUGCAUAUUGAAUCACUCUGAGACGUUUCCUGUGACAGUCUCUCUGUGCUUGGUAACAGUCUGGCAGACAAGAAGAAGACAUUACAGACAGACUGAGAGCCCAUGUGAACAGAUGAGUCACAUUUGAGUGAUGUAAGAGUGUUUGGGACAGAAUCUUCUAACAGAAUAUGGAGCUAAUUGGAGCAACAGAGAGGGAGAAAGUGUUUUUUUCCUGGCUUUUGAGCAUCGUACAUUCAAUUUGCAAAUGACAAAACACGUUACAAUCUCAAGCGGCGGGGAGGCAAUGACCUAAUUCAGAUUAAAUGACCUCAUACUGAUAAGUAGCCAGCUUCCACACUGGGUGAUGGAACAUAAUCACAAAUGGGCUCUAAUCAUUGAGGCUGGAGUGUGUGAGGUUACAUGAUAUUUGUGCGCGUGUGUGUCUUUAACUCAGAGGAGUGAGUUUUGAUGCUACAUGCAGCAAUGUUGCGGCGUGGACUUCUAGCCUGGGUGUCCCGUGUUGGAGGAGUGCUGGUGCUCCUUUGCUGCUCCCUGUCGCUCCUUUAUGUUAUGACCUGCAGUCCACCGCACUCUGACGACCCCCCACUGAGCCACGCACUGCCCCGUGCUGGACCCAACCACCCCAGCCUCGGAGGCACAGGGCCAGGGAUUGGAGCAGGAGCAGUUGGGACAGGAGGAAUCCGAUCUGGAGCUUCUCAAAGUGGAGGUCCACCUGGUGCUCAGUCUUAUCAAGUGCUUCUCCAAGAGCGCGAGGAGCAACACCGCCUCCACAUCUCCUCCUUGAAGAAGCAGAUUGCUCAGCUUAAGGAGGCUUUGCAAGAGCGAAGCCAGCAGUUGAAAGGAGUGCAGGAGAGCCUAAAGAGAGUUGCAGGAGGCCCUGCUGAAGGACAGGAAGCUGGGGCUGGAUUACAAGGAGGUGGUCUCGGGGAGGUGCAGGGAGCUAAGAGCCAGCAAACAGACCUCCAGGAGUUCAUGAGAAGCCAGCUGUCCAAGGCAGAGGUGACCGCUGGCACCAGGUUGCCAAGCGAAUAUGCAGUGGUGCCCUUUGAGAGUUUCACCCUUCAGAGGGUGUACCAGCUGGAGAUGGGACUUACAAGGCACCCCGAGGAGAAGCCAGUGAGGAAGGAUAAGAGGGAGGAGCUGGGGGAGGUGCUGGAGAUGGCGCUGCAUAGCCUCAACACUCCAUCAUCACAGCAAGACGGCAAGAGUGCGGCAGGAAAGACUCAAGCGAGCAAAGUGUACUCGCCAUCUGACUUUAUAGAAGGUAUCACCCGCACAGAGAGGGACAAAGGGACACUGUACGAGCUGACCUUCAGAGGGGAGUCCAGUCGUGAAUUCAGACGCCUUGUCCUCUUCCGCCCAUUUGGACCUCUGAUGAAAGUGAGAAAUGAGAGGGUGGACACCGUCAACAUCCCGAUCAACAUCAUCGUCCCGCUGUCCAGACGCACAGACAAGUUCAAACAGUUCAUGAACAACUUCAGGGAAGUGUGCGUGCGACAGGAUGGCCGGGUCCAUCUGACGGUGGUGUAUUUUGGGAAGGAGCAGAUGAGCGAAGUCCGCAGCACUCUGGAGAACACAUCCAGGGAGGUGAAUUUUAAGAACUACACUCUGCUGCAGUUGGAUGAGGAGUUUUCUCGGGGACGUGGUCUUGAUGUCGGGGCCCGGGCUUGGAAGGGAGGCAAUGUUUUGCUUUUUUUCUGCGACGUGGACAUAUACUUCACCGCUGACUUCCUCAACACCUGCAGACUCAACACACAGCCUGGUAAAAAGGUCUUCUACCCGGUCCUAUUCAGCCAGUACAACCCAACUCUGAUCUAUGGAAGUCCUGAACACAUCCCACCUGUGGAGCAACAGCUGGUGAUCAAGAAAGACACUGGGUUCUGGAGGGAUUUUGGUUUCGGCAUGACCUGCCAGUACCGGUCCGACUUCAUCAACAUAGGUGGAUUUGACAUUGACAUCAAAGGCUGGGGGGGCGAAGAUGUCCACCUGUACAGGAAGUACCUCCACAGCAACCUGCUGGUGGUCAGAGCACCAUCACGAGGCCUCUUCCACCUGUGGCACGAGAAACACUGCGCUGACGAGCUUCCACCAGACCAGUACCGCAUGUGCAUGCAGUCCAAGGCCAUGAACGAGGCCUCGCACGGGCAGCUGGGGAUGCUGUUCUUCAGGCAUGAGAUCGAGGCUCACCUCCGCAAACAGAAACAACAGCAAAACUCAAACCCAAAGAAGACAUGAAGACCCCAAUGACUGCUUCCUGUCAAAACAGUGCAGAUGAAUUUAACUCUGAUUUUGGAGGGUAUACACAUUUGCUGUCUUGCCAAGAGUUCGAUGAAGAAACCAGCAGCAGCAGUCUGAUCUCUAUACUGUGAAUAUAAAGCCAUAGCCAGCAAGCUAAUCACCUGGAGACUGGAAAAGGGGAAUCAGCUACACUGCUAUGUCAGUAAGGUAAAAAGUGCCCCCAGAGCCACCUCUAAAGCUUUCUAAUGAACAGUUUUAUGGUGUUUUUAGUUACCUUGAGGGGGAAGUGUAAAAACGGACUAAUUGUGGCUUUACAGGAGGCUUUGUGUGCUUAGGUCCUUGGCCCAGUUAGCUAUAUAGCUGCUGCUGGAAUACUGCAAGUGAAGGGGAAACAGCUAGCUUGACUCAGUGCAAAGCUGAAAUCCUCCUACCAGCUAGAGUUAUAACUUUUCUUCGCUUUUUAUGUAAAGAUGAAAAAAACAAGAUAUGAUGUUAUCAUUUUUGUGCUCUGAAGGUGCUGCAUGGCAGAUCAUUUUUACCCUUGUAGAGAGCCAGACUUUAGCUGUUUAUCUUUGUUUCUAAUCUCACUAACGCUGAGAUGCUAUCCAUCUUCUGGCUAUAGCUUUAUAUCACAAAUAAGGAUAAGGUUGGUAUUGCUGCACUCAUCUACUUCAUGGCAAGACAGCAAAAAGGCUGUCUUUUUCCAAAAUGUCAACUUCCUUCCUACCUUCCAUCCCUACUUCCUGUUCCUUUAAUUUAAUAAUGUGAAGGCUUUUUUUUUACUUUUCAAGGACUCAGAGAACUUUGUUGCUUUUUUGGAAGGACAACAUUAAAUUAUAAAAAAAAAAAAAAAAAAAAGAUUUCAUAGCCUGAGGAAUUCAUCUUUACAACUGCAGUGGACUCUCGACGGACAUUUAUCAACAGAUAUCCUGUCUGAAACAUCUUUCAAAUUCCUUGGCUACUGCAGCAAGGACUUUCUGGGAGAAACCAGAUAUUAUUAUUUCCUGAGUUUGAGCUUUGGAAUCUCUCCAAAACGUGUGCCUUCAGUAAACAAAACCCAAACGCUGUCUCCUCAGGGCGGCUGGUGAAAACCGAAUUAACCUACAGGAUUUUUAUUAUGUAGGAAAACAGGACCACCUAGUGGACUGAAAGUGAAUGAAGGACUCUUUUUAGAAGCCUGGAAUGGCCUUGUAGAACAUUUCUUAAAAUAAAUUAUUGAUUUAUCAUCUUUAUUCAUGUAUUAAUGUUUUAGUUGUUUUAAUUUAAUGUUUGUUUUAUCAAUGCCACCAAUUACAGGGACUGAUAGGUGAAGCAGCUGUCGCCUGGACAGUACUGUUUGUGUGUGUGUGUGUGUGUGUGUGUGUGUGUGUGUGUGUAUGGGCCUUUCACAUCUACAGUAUAAUCAAAUGAAGACGCUGUUUCAAACAAAACAUGCUAUGAGUGACAGAAUCAAUACUACGGAAGCCCUAAGUGGACAUGUAUUUAUAGAUUUUAUUCAUCCAUUUUGACCCAACAUUAGGAGAUCACAACUCAUACCCCCAGAGCUUCACAAAAUACACAAAGAAAUAGGCUUAAAUUACUUCUUUAAUGUGGGCAAUAGCACCAUGGCAUACAUGUAGUGGUCUGGCCUGUCACAGUCACCAGCCAAUUGUUUUGUUUACUAGAUUGCCAUGAGAAAACAAGUUUUUCUUUCUCAAAAUAAUGAGACAAAUUAAUUCAUAAUUACAGGAAAAUACCAACGUCAUAUCAACAGAAUGGGAAUGAAAAUUGAGAUGUUGAGUAAACAAAAGUUACUGGUAAUCGUAGGAAAGCAGAAAAAAAAUGUAUGAAAACAUGUCAGCUUAGGGGCUCUGUACGACCACCCUCCAAAGACUGUAGUGGCGUUAAGACAUAAGGAUUCAGUUUCCAGGCAAGAUUCCUCACUGAGAAACAUACAGAAAGGCUUUCAAUUUAUGUCUUAAGACUGGUUCUUUUACACUCAAAUAGAAUUUAUAACUACCGCCAUGGUAAUAAAUACAGUAGAGUACUCAGUCUCUGCAUACAGCAUCCAGAGUAACUGCAGUAUCUAUCAUCUAUCAAUUAAAUUGCCCCCACAGCUUUAAUAUUCAUGUAAACUAUAGAUUUUACAAUCCAAAGCCAGUGAAGACUCAUUCACAUUUUUAUUAACUUACAUACAGUAUGUGGUUUUAAGUUAGCUUAAUGGAACCAAGUGAAUUCAACAUCAUUGGUGGCUGCUACUGCUUAGCUAAGGUAUCUACUGUUAGCUAUAGCAGGAAGGCUUUUUUUAAAUUUAUUUUUUACUAGCUACUGCUUUAUUUUACAUAUAGUGGCAUAAAAAUGGUCAAUAGAAAUAGUAAAUUCACUGAUAACAGGUAGGGGAAAUGAAUAACAUUAAGUGACAGGCUAGCCUCUUAUCAGGUAGUGCUACUUUAGCUGUCUGAUCAGCUGUAAAUGGCAGUAAAACUACGGCAGCAACACAGUCAUAACUCCAUGCUGGGCUUUGACUUCAAGUUUUAAUUUGUAAAAUAUAACAACCUGUUUUCAGAAAAGAAAUUAACAUUUCUCACCACAGAGUCAGAUAAUGGUUACAACUCAAUAUUUGUAAGAAUUUAACCCUAUGGGCCUUGACUGUUUCUUGUAAGAGUUUGUAUUUAUUUUUAACAUGUUUUUUUUCUUCUUGAAAGCCUUUCACAUUUGAGGCAUAAGUAUUUAUGUACAAAAUUAAAGAUAAUCUUAUUUUUAAGAUGAAUAAUUCUCUAAAUUUUGACUAAAGAUGGUUUUCUGUAGUUGGAUCACUAAAGGUAACCAGUUUUGCUAAAUUAAAUUGUGUCGAAGACAGUAUUACUGUUUGGUGUCAUGGUAGACGAUGACUUAAUUAAAGUCAGAAUGAAACUAUCGUUUUUAACAUUUUAGUUUCUGUCAUUACAGGAUAAUGGACACGGAGUGAAAAAGUGAAGAUUAGUUGUGUUACUGUUCAGUCACAGAAACAGAAAUGAAAAGACGGUAAAUACGCCUCGAGGUUGCUUAAACUAAACAUUGCUCCAGCACUUCUGAAGUCCUAAGAGGCAUGACAAGCUGUAUUAGGGGUUGAUGACCAAAGAUGUGAAGGUGUAAGGAACUUUUUGAAUCUUGCUUUUAUGUUCUGCCAUUGAGACAUUCCUUUGUAAUAAUGCAUUUAAUUGUUUUCUUUGUGUUUCAAGUUACUUUUUUCUUCUUGUAAAUGAGUUGAAUAAACAUUUUGUGCAUUCUG